AUGCGGGACCUCGGUCCUGAUGGGCCUGCUGCCCUAGUCUCCGAGCUAGUCAGUGGGGAAGGGGAGGCAGACCCCAGUCCUGAUGGGCCUGCUGCCCUAGUCUCUGAGCUAGUGAGUGAUGAAGUCUCUGAGCUAGUGAGUGAUGAAGGUGAGGCAGACCCCAGUCCUGAUGGGCCUGCUGCCCUAGUCUCCGAGCUAGUCAGUGGGGAAGGGGAGGCAGACCCCAGUCCUGAUGGGCCUGCUGCCCUAGUCUCCGAGCUAGUGAGUGAUGAAGGUGAGGCAGACCCCAGUCCUGAUGGGUCUGCCGCCCUAGUCUCCGAGCUAGUGAGUGAUGAAGUCUCCGAGCUAGUGAGUGAUGAAGGUGAGGCAGACCCCAGUCCUGGUGGGCCUGCCGCCCUAGUCUCCGAGCUAGUCAGUGGGGAAGGGGAGGCAGACCCCAGUCCUGGUGGGCCUGCCGCCCUAGUCUCCAAACUAGUCAGUGGGGAAGGGGAGGCAAACCCCAGUCCUGAUGGGCCUGCCGCCCUAGUCUCUGAGCUAGUCAGUGGGGAAGGGGAGGCAGACCCCAGUCCUGGUGGGCCUGCCGCCCUAGUCUCCGAGCUAGUGAGUGACGAAGGUGAGGCAGACCCCAGUCCUGGUGGGCCUGCCGCCCUAGUCUCCGAGCUAGUGAGUGAUGAAGGUGAGGCAGACCCCAGUCCUGAUGGGCCUGCCGCCCUAGUCUCCGAGCUAGUGAGUGAUGAAGUCUCCGAGCUAGUGAGUGAUGAAGGUGAGGCAGACCCCAGUCCUGGUGGGCCUGCCGCCCUAGUCUCCGAGCUAGUCAGUGGGGAAGGGGAGGCAGACCCCAGUCCUGGUGGGCCUGCCGCCCUAGUCUCCAAACUAGUCAGUGGGGAAGGGGAGGCAAACCCCAGUCCUGAUGGGCCUGCCGCCCUAGUCUCCGAGCUAGUCAGUGGGGAAGGGGAGGCAGACCCCAGUCCUGAUGGGCCUGCCGCCCUAGUCUCCGAGCUAGUGAGUGAUGAAGUCUCUGAGCUAGUCAGUGGGGAAGGGGAGGCAGACCCCAGUCCUGGUGGGCCUGCUGCCCUAGUCUCCGAGCUAGUCAGUGGGGAAGGGGAGGCAGACCCCAGUCCUGGUGGGCCUGCUGCCCUAGUCUCCGAGCUAGUCAGUGGGGAAGGGGAGGCAGACCCCAGUCCUGAUGGGCCUGCUGCCCUAGUCUCCGAGCUAGUGAGUGAUGAAGGUGAGGCAGACCCCAGUCCUGAUGGGCCUGCCGCCCUAGUCUCUGAGCUAGUCAGUGGGGAAGGGGAGGCAGACCCCAGUCCUGGUGGGCCUGCCUCCCUAGUCUCCGAGCUAGUGAAUGGGGAAGGUGAGGCAGACCCCAGUCCUGGUGGGCCUGCUGUCCUAGUCUCCGAGCUAGUCAGUGGGGAAGGGGAGGCAGACCCCAGUCCUGAUGGGCCUGCUGCCCUAGUCUCCGAGCUAGUGAGUGAUGAAGGUGAGGCAGACCCCAGUCCUGAUGGGCCUGCUGCCCUAGUCUCCGAGCUAGUGAGUGAUGAAGUCUCCGAGCUAGUCAGUGGGGAAGGGGAGGCAGACCCCAGUCCUGAUGGGCCUGCUGCCCUAGUCUCCGAGCUAGUGAGUGAUGAAGGUGAGGCAGACCCCAGUCCUGAUGGGCCUGCUGCCCUAGUCUCCGAGCUAGUGAGUGAUGAAGUCUCCGAGCUAGUCAGUGGGGAAGGGGAGGCAGACCCCAGUCCUGGUGGGCCUGCCGCCCUAGUCUCCGAGCUAGUCAGUGGGGAAGGGGAGGCAGAUCCCAGUCCUGGUGGGCCUGCCGCCCUAGUCUCCGAGCUAGUCAGUGGGGAAGGGGAGGCAGAUCCCAGUCCUGGUGGGCUGCUGUCCAGUCCUGGUGGGCCUGCUGCCCUAGUCUCGAGCUAUCUCGAGCUAGUCAGUGGGGAAGGUGAGGCAGACCCCAGUCCUGGUGGGCCUGCCGCCCUAGUCUCCGAGCUAGUGAGUGAUGAAGUCUCUGAGCUAGUCAGUGGGGAAGGGGAGGCAGACCCCAGUCCUGAUGGGCCUGCUGCCCUAGUCUCCGAGCUAGUGAGUGAUGAAGGUGAGGCAGACCCCAGUCCUGAUGGGCCUGCUGCCCUAGUCUCCGAGCUAGUGAGUGAUGAAGUCUCCGAGCUAGUCAGUGGGGAAGGGGAGGCAGACCCCAGUCCUGAUGGGCCUGCUGCCCUAGUCUCCGAGCUAGUCAGUGGGGAAGGGGAGGCAGACCCCAGUCCUGAUGGGCCUGCCGCCCUAGUCUCCGAGCUAGUGAGUGAUGAAGUCUCUCGGGGUUUCCUUCUCUCUCUCCUCUCUCCUUUGGUUUGUCGGCUUCUGAAUCAGGUCUGCGUCAAGGAUGGAGCCUGGAUCGCAGAGGCACACAGCGGGGAACCCCUCCAGGAGGCUGGGCCCCUGCACCCGACAGACACAGGGGAGUGA